GUUGUAGUUGUUGUGGUGGUUAUGGUCGUUGUAGUUGUUGUGGUAGUUACGGCCGUUGUAGUUGUUGUGGUAGUGACGGCCGUUGUAGUUGUUGUGGUAGUUACGGCCGUUGUAGUUGUUGUGGUCGCUGUUGUCGUUGUGGUCGUUGCGGUCGUUGCGGUCGUGCUCGUGCUCGUGCUCGUGCUCGUGGUUGUAGUCGUAGUCGUAGUACUUGUUGUUUCAGUAGUUAUGAACCCUGGCAUACUCGCAGGUUUAAUGAUUCAUACGAAAUAAAGAUUGAAUUUUAUUAA